AUGGCCUUUGUUCCGCCGUACGUGCGCGCUACCAAGGCAGCUCACGGCAAGAGCGCCACACAUGGCCGGAGUUGGCGCUCAAGCAGUUUCAUUCCAUGCGAGAGAACUUGCAUUUCGAAGAGAUGCCGCUCAUCAUGCCCAGAGCUAUCAAUGAGCACGGAGCAGAAGAAGAAAGACAAAGAGUUUCAAAGCGACGAGGAAAGGCGGUUACAGAAUGACAAGAAAUAUAUGUUUCGAGAGUUCGCGAAAAUCAGUGCCGCUUCGGUUGGCAUUGGCAUAGUAUUAUUGUUCUACGACAUGCUCAUUUCGCUGGUCGCUGUCGGUAUUGGCAGUGUCUACGCCAUUGCUGUGUUGCUCGAGGUGCGCGGGGCGGAUACAUUGCUGAGUCGAGCGGUGCAAGGGGUAAGUUCUGCUUGGCGUGCAUUUGGGAGGGCUGUUGGAGAUGGCUAUCGCGCGAUUCGUCGGGAGGUGCGCAAAGGUCUCGAGGAUUAA